ACGCGUUUUAACGCUAAUGACUUAAUAGUUCCUAUUCUAAUAAAUUACCUGGUUAGAAAGUUACUUAAUAGCUAGCAGUAGUGAUUUCUCCCUCUCUCGACGAGUUAUCAAAUCCCAGUACGAAUUGUCUGCACCGCAAUGCUUGGCAUUGUACUUAGCUCCUUUCAUAAAGCGCAGUCUUAUUUUUAAGAGAAAUAUCUAAAGACAAAGUUUUUCAUACAGUACAGUGGAAAAGGCCAGCGAAAUAAUUAUUUAGCGCAUUAUAUGAAACAAGAGACAAUGUUAUAUGACAUACGACGACAUUUAAAUUGUUGAUAAUCGAGGGGAAAACAGCCAGGCAACAGGAUUUACCAAAUUGAAUCCACUAGUUCGCCAAGGACCAAUCAUAGUCUCUUCCGGUGAAGUUCUCCUUCGUGUCACUAGCGAAACGUCGUGGGAAUAGUGUUGCGCAGUAAAUCUGUGCAAUAUCUACCAUCCAGGGCUAUUUGUAAGUUCUAUGACUAUGUCAAGUGAGGAGUUUCACAGCUUUGAUUUGUCAGCUUCAGAUGAAGACUUUGAGCUUCCAGUGGAACUGACCAAACGCAAAAAACAGGCAGAGCGGCGUUCACUGCCACCGAAGAGGCCAAGACGCAUAUAUCCAUUGAGCGCUACACUGAACAAGGCUAGUUCCCCCGUUCUCUCCAUGCCAGAAACUUCUCAGGAGGAGCAGUCUUCCCAAGAUAGAUCCUGGAAACCUUUACCCAGGACGGGGAGAAGAGCGCUGAACAGCGGCGACAAGGCUGUCAGUCCAAAGGAUAUAUAUGAUUCUGUUAGCUCUGGAAAGAGUGACCUAUUGACGGUGGUUGAAGAUUGGCUGGACUACUACAAGAAGGGUCGUGAGCAAGGAUUGCUGGUGCUCAUCAACUUCAUUGUUAGGUGCUGUGGAUGCCAAGGUGUGGUUAGCAGAGAGAUGCUCGAUUCCAUGGAAAAUGCAGAAAUCAUCGCCACGCUAACCAAACAGCUCAAUCAGGAGUCAGCGAGAUACCCUUUGUCCAGAACGGGCUCCUCGCUUAAGCGAUUCCGAUCGGGCCUUUGCGAGUUUGCCCACAUGCUGGUGCGCUGCUGUCGCAGUUUCAUUUAUGAUGACUACCUCUUCCCCUCCUUGUUCUCUCUCCUAACUGGGCUGUCUGACUCCCAAGUUAGGGCAUUCAGACAUACCAGCACUUUGAUUGCCAUAAAGCUGAUGUCAGGUCUGGUGGAGGUGGUUGUGGCAGUGUCCCUUCAACUGCAAACUGUCCAGUGGCGGUACCGCCUGGAGGAAGGCAAGAGCAAGGAGGCUCAAGACUCUGAGCGACUGGAGGAUCUCAAGGGUACCAUCAGUGAGCUGCUGGAAAACAAGGAGGAGCUGUCAUCUAUGAUGAAUGCCACCUUUCGGGGCAUUUUUGUACACCGCUACCGCGAUCGAGUGGUAGCAAUCAGGGCGGCUUGCAUAGAGGAGCUGGGUGUGUGGAUCAGAACAGACCCUGAAGGCUUCCUCAAUGACGGCUGUAUCAAAUACCUGGGGUGGAUGUUGAAUGACAAGGAAAGUGUGGUGCGUCUACAGUGUGUGCGAAUCCUGCGGCUUCUCUAUCAGGAGAAGGGCUUCAUUGGCCGCUUGGAGCUUUUCACCAGCAGAUUUAAAAAGAGGAUUCUAAACAUGGUAAUGGACAAGGACUAUGAGGUUGCUGUGGAAGUGGUCAAGCUACUUCUGCAAAUCCAUCAGAGCAACAAAUAUGCUACGCAAACAAUCAUAAAAUGCCCUGAGGAGGUCAUCGAGUUCAGGAGCGUGGAGGAAGGCCUGCAGGAGGAGGAGUGUGCUCAGAUCUAUUCACUGGUUUACACCACCAACCGCAGUCUGGCAUGUGCAGCUGGCUUAUUCCUCUAUACGAGGCUGAAAAGUAUGAUUAGCAGUGACAAUGAGAAGGACAUCAAUAGUGAAUUCAUCCAAAUCCUCAUCUCCUUCCACAUCCAGAGUGGGCUUCAUGAGCAGGGAAUUUAUCUGGUGGACAGCCUAUGGGAUGCUGUGGAUUCUGAGCUGAAAGAUUGGGAGUGCAUGACAACACUUUUGCUACAGGACACUGGUUUGGUUAACAAAGAAGAGGACGCGCUCAUCGAAUUGAUGGUAUGUGCGAUCCGACGGGCAGCGGAUCCAACCCCACCUAUUGGUAGAGUCCAUGUCAAGAAGGGCUUGAACGUCAAACAAAAAAAGACCCAGGAACAUAGCAGGCGGCGUAUCACGGCCCAUUUUAUCCCUUUACUGACACAGCUGCUGGCCAAGUACUCUGCAGAUGCAAGGAAGGUACACUUCCUCCUGCAAGUGCCACUAUAUUUUGACCUGGACAUGUACAGCAGCGCACAGCGGAUGGAGAAGCAUCUUGACCAAUUGCUGGCUCAGAUAUGCUGGAUUGUAGAGAAGCACACUGAUAAGGCUGUGUUGGAGAAGUGUAGUAAACUGAUUAACGUGCUUUGCUCCGACAGCCACACCUUCUCUUCUCGCUCUUACCGGGCAUUUAGUCAACUGUUUGACAGCCUGACUGAGUGCUUCAACACCGGUUUGAGUGAGCUGAUGCAGGGUCCAGCUGAUGAUGAUGAUUUCAAUGCAGCUAUGACCUUGAAAAGGAUUGCAGCCUUGGUCAGUGGCAAAAACCUAUCGACUGGGAGACUGUUUUACUCCUGCAUGGACCUUCUUAAAACCAGGCUGGAGUCCAGACACCUUGAUGAGGAACUUGUGGUGGCAGCUCUGAGGUGCUGUGCCUUACACCUGAUGUGGGCUAAAGUGACUGUGCCCUCGCUUCCAUCUCAGGAUGAAGUAAACCACCUGAAGAAGCAGGCGUGCUCAUUCUGUAAAAUUUGCCAAGUGUGUCUGUCUCUUGGCCAAGCUGAGAUCAGGGAUCAGGCUUUUGACUUCCUGUGUGACCUCCUGAUGAUUUACAGUCCCAAAGCAGUCAUCUCUGAACCUGCGCUCCAAAACUUGUACCACAGGCCCUCUGAUUCCCUGCGUGCAGAGAUGGCGGGUUUCCUUCUGGAUUAUGUCUUCUCAGACACUGAUGAUAUGGAGUUGGAAGAUCAGGAGGAGGAGAUCAAACUUCGACAGAAGAAGCGUAACCAGCUUGCUAGCUUCUGUAAGUUGGUCAUCUAUGGCGUUAUUGACCUGACGGCUGCCACAGACGUCUUCAAGUACUAUGACAAGUGCUUUCAGGACUUUGGUGACAUAAUCAAAGAGACCAUAAUGAAGACAAAGCUCAUCAACCCUGUUUUGAGUGCCAGGACUCUCUGCCUGACUAUACAGCAGCUGUAUACAGAGAUGUUAACAGAGGUGGUCAGCAAGAAGAAUAUUGACGAGAUUAGACAUUUGGCCAGGAAGCUCGCCUUGACUUUUGGGAAUAACCUUGUGAAUGCUUGCAAACCACUGGUCUAUCUGCAUAUGGAUGGCAUACGUUUUGCCUUCCGAGCACCCCAGGAAGGGGAAGAGCAAUACCCCAAUGUGGCCUUCCUGGAAAUCCUUAGCGAGUUCAGCUUUAAGCUACUGCAACAGGACAAGACCCAUUUGGCCGGUUUCCUGAAAUCCCAGUGUCCCUCUGCUCUCCUCUCUUGGCAAUCAGUCAGCGUGUACUGGCGCUCUCUGGAGGGCACUGCUGCCAAGCUGAGGGACAAAGCUGAAGCAGUCAGUCCACAAGCCAUCCCAGUCGUCAAACACCAGAAGACCACUACUCGAGGUUCACAUGCCACCUCCAGGAAAGAAUCCCGGUUGGACAGCAGCAGUAUCCAUGGUGGUCUACCCACCCCGACCCUCACCUCCACUGCCCAGAAGCAGCCACGCAUUGUUGCGUGCACGAGUGAUGUCCUCUUGGAAUCCGAUAUUGGCAGUGAUUCGACUGAACUGGAGUCUGAGGAUGAAUUCUCCUCAGGAUCCCAGAUGCCGGAUUUGAUUCUCACGAAGAGAUCAAACUCCACCGAAGAUGACAAAGAACCAAGCACAUCCUUAUUGCCGCCGAUGGAGGAGUGCGACGUAGAGCAAGAGGAACCAAUGUCUGAUGAAGCUGAAAGUGAUUCUUCAUCCGUGCCGCCUUCCACCCAGCACAGAAGUGUCUUUGAACUGUUCAACUGAGACACACUAGCCAACAGUUUUUUGUUCUGUUUUGUUAUAGAAGGAUGUUCCUAAAGGAUUUCAGCCAAUAAUUUUGUUGGAGUCUUAGCAAGCACUAUGAAAUGGAUUUUAAAAGGCUCUACAUUAUUGUUAGGAUACCGUAAGUUGUUGUUGUUGUUGUUGUUCAGAAGAGCUGUUUUAUUUUGAUUGGUAUACUUGUUUGACUCUAAUGGUGAAAUGUUCAAAUCUGUCUUGAUCAUUAAUCAUAUGAAUUUACUAUGCCCUCAUAUUUGUUAUGCAUUCAUACUUAAAUAUUUUCAAUACUAUAUUGUAUAUAGUGAAAUACAAUAUUUUCAAUAUGGUGAUGUGAUUCUCAGUUUGAAUAAAAUGCUCUGGAGAAGAAAA